UGAGGAAGAAGCGAAAACGGAGCGUCGCGCCUCCUAAAGGCCGCGCGGGGUAUAGAGACGUUCAAUGUGUGCUUUUCCUCCUCCGGGAGGGAGGGAAAAAAUGGGGCUGCCCCUUCUCCCAUGCCCACUGGACGGCACGGGGCAGGCUCGUCUCCUCUGAGCGCUCCCUCUUCUGUCAGCGCAAUCCCCGAGGCGGUUGAGGCUCCCGGAGCAGGAGGGGGCACCUCCUCCCCCCAUUGGCUCCGCUGCGCCGGGCAUCGCCAUAAAUGCUUCUCCCCAGGCGCUCGCUGCCCCCUCAGCGGAGGCGCCGUCCACAAGGGCGACCGGGCGAGCCAACCGGCCAGCGACAGUGGCACUUGCCGCCGCCCGCUCGAACCGCUGCGGGGCAGGCAGGCACGCCAGUCCGGGGUCGGCGCGCUCUCUCGCCUGGCUGACCCUUGGCUCUGCCUUGCAUGGUCCCUGCGGCUGCCAUGAACCAGGCCCCGGACCCCAAUGGCCCCGAGCAGCCGGACGGCGAUGCCCGCGGCUCUGCCCCUCUCCAGCCAGGCGCCAGCGGCGGUCCGGCCAGGGGGAUGCCGGCGACACCCAGCCUGCCCCAACUCAUCCAAAAUGCUGCCAAGCUUCUGGACAAGAAUCUAUUCUCUGUCAGCACCCCGAAUCCGCUGCUUCCUUCUCCUGCGAGUCUUCAGCUUGCUCAGCUACAAGCCCAGCUUACCCUGCACAGGCUAAAAUUGGCUCAGACAGCAGUCACCAACAACACAGCAGCUGCAACUGUCCUGAAUCAAGUUCUCUCUAAAGUGGCAAUGUCUCAGCCUCUAUUCAACCAAUUAAGACAUCCUUCCAUGUUUAACACUCCUCAGGGGCAUGCUGGAGGACCUGCAAUAGCCAAUACUAGAUUCCCACCUGGUGGAAUACAUUUCCCAACCCAGAACCCCACUUUGACAGCACCAGGAGGAACUCUGGGCCCUGUAGGUAAUUUGCAGAACCAAAACCCAAGUGCUGUGGUCAUAAACCCUUUUGGAGGUGUAAUAUCUCAGACAGCUGGGCAGCAGGCUGUAGUUAUGGGCCUAAAUAAGACUGGUAUCUCCUCUGCUACAAGUGGCUUUUAUGACUAUGGUAAACAAGUAUUCCCCUCUGAAGCUGAACAGUGCAACCAGCAUAGUUUUGUGACCAGUGGGUCUCAUUCAGUUCCAACGUCUUCUGGAGGGGGAACCUAUGAUGGUCAGCCAGGAUUUCAGAAAGAGUUUUAUGUACCCAGUUCUAAAGGCCAUCAUACAUCGGGGACACAGUCUUUGAGUUUUUCUGCAGACACACAUAAUUCCCAUCAGAUUAUAAAUCAAAAGAGAGAGGGAGGUCCUGUUCAACAUGAGACAGAAGCAAAUAAUCAGUGGGAAAAUCCUUCUUUUUUUAGCGACAAUAAGCCUGACAUCUUGCCCAAUGCCAACAUGUGGCCGUCAACAAGUGUCCAAUAUGAAAUAAGAAAUGAUCUUUACAAUCCUGAAGAACCAACGCCUGACACAAAAUUUAGUACUAGUGCUGGGCUCCCUUUCAGCAGAGCCAACGGCAGUAAACAACUUUUCAGCAACUCCCAAGUGAGACAGAAGCAGGAAAUAUCUUCAGCUACACCAGAUUUGUCAGUAAGACCUCUUCAGUCUCAUGAGCUAAAUGACUUUCACAGUAUCGCACCUCCUUGUUACCCUCAUGUCUGUACAGUAUGUGAUAAGAAGGUAUUUGAUCUAAAGGACUGGGAUCAGCACAUUAAAGGCAGUCUUCAUACUCAAAAAUGCAUGGCUUUUCCUGAGAAUCGGUGUGUUUUAAGUUCAGCAGAAGGAACGCUUCACUCCUCUUCAAAUAACACUUCUGUGUUUAAUCUUUCUGGCACUGAAGAUUAUUCUUUAAGUGCCGGGUCAUCAUACAAUUCCUCAUCUUCCUUUGGCCAGCCAGGUUCUACAUUCUCUUCUGUGCUUUCUGGAGUAAAUCUUUCACAAAGGAAAUGUGCCCCAGGUCGAGUAGUGCACAUCUGUAAUCUUCCUGAAGGAGCCUGCACAGAGAAUGAUGUCAUUAAUCUUGGUCUUCCAUUUGGAAAAGUCACUAAUUAUAUCCUUAUGAAAUCUACCAAUCAGGCUUUUCUAGAAAUGGCAUACACGGAGGCAGCUCAGGCCAUGGUACAGUUCUACAAAGAGAAACCUGCAAUGAUAAAUGAAGACAAGUUGCUCAUUAGGAUGUCUAAAAGAUACAAAGAACUCCAGCUGAAGAAACCAGGUAAAAACGUAGCAGCAAUAAUCCAGGACAUCCAUUCUCAGAGGGAACGGGACAUGUUGCGGGAGGUGGACAGCUGUAGAUAUGGUCCUGAAAGGCCUCGGUCUCGCAGCCCAAUAAGUCAUUCUGUUUCCCCAAGAUCACACACUCCAAGCUUUACUUCCUGCAGUUCACCCCAUAGUCCUUUGGGCACAAACCGAACAGACUGGGGAAAUGGAAGAGAGCCAUGGGAUCAAUCUCCUUAUUCCCGAAGGGAAGAAGAAAGAGAUGUAGUGCCCUGGAGAGAAAAUGGGGAAGAGAAAAGAGAUAGAACUGAUACAUGGGUACAUGACAGAAAACAACAUUAUCUACGACAUAUGGAUAAAGUAGACUUGGAAGAACAUGCUGAAGUAAUCAGGGGACACAGAGAAAAAUAUUUAAAAGGGGGGUCACUCAGUGCAAAAGGAGUCCACCCUUUGCCUGGAUAUAAGAGCAGAGAUGAAAACUAUUACAAAAAACCAAGUAAGCAAAAAUUGGAUAAGUAUCAAAAACAAACACUUGAUAUCAUGCCAAAGUCUAAAAGAAAGGAUGAAGCAAGGUCAAGAGAACACAAACAUUCUCACUGUGAAGACCCAAUAAAGGAAGAAACGCCAGAAGCAAAGCCCAGUAAGAUGCCUGACUGUCUCAAGCCUAAAGAAAAAUUCAAGGAAAUUGAUAAAGAACUAGACGAAGAGAUACCCACAGCAUCUCAGAACACUGGUGUGAGGAAAGGGAAAGAAACUGAGAACAAGGUUGAAAAAGAAGAUUUUGUUAAGGAGAACAGCCUACUUUCUGCAAAUAAGCUGAUGAAAGAAAUAGAAGAUUCUAUGGAAUGCUCAGGAAAAGAGAAAGUGAGUGAACAGGACUGGGAGAGUGGAAGUGAGAUGGAAGCUGAGACGUGGUAUCCAACUAACAUGGAAGAGCUGGUAACAGUAGAUGAAGUGGGAGAAGAUGACCUUAUAAUGGAACCUGAUAUAACUGAACUUGAAGAAAUAGUCACAGUUGGUCAAAAACACCAACAAUGCGCAGAAACUGGUCCUUUAGCUGCAGUGGAGAUGGUUGUUGAGCACAGUUUAUUAAAUAAAAGCGAAGAGAACUCUAAUGUGAUGGAAGCAGGCUUUGGGUCAGCAGAGGAAACUCCAGGGAUUCUCAGUGGCUUAGAGGGUGAUGAUGCAGUUACUAAAGCAUCACAUCUAAAUCUGGAUACUGAGCAGAAGCCAGCUGAAUUGCAUGAAGGCAGACCUCUUAGCGAUUCCGAUUACCAUGAUAAGGGAAGAAAAGUAAUUAAAAGCACUGACAUUAACUUAAACCUGGACAAACCUUAUGUAACAUCUGAUCCUCCAAAAGAAGAAUUCUUACAGCAGAGUGACACGUUCAUAAACGAUCCUAAAGAGAUGGACUCUCUAGAAAGCAACAGUAAGAAAACUGUGGAAAACCUGAUAAAAAACUCCCAGGAAGAAACAAGCUGUGGAAAUCAGGAGCAUCAAAAAACUCAGGCAAGCUGUAGGUAUCAAGAAGUGAAAACUCCUGACUUCCCAGAGGCAGAAUCAAAAAGAACAAAUUUUUCACCAUCAUGGGAACAAGAAGAUGUAUUUACAGAGCUCAGCAUCCCGCUCGGAGUGGAAUUUGUUGUGCCCAGAACAGGCUUCUACUGCAAACUGUGUGGCCUUUUCUAUACAAAUGAGGAGACAGCAAAGACUCGUCAUUGCAGAAGUACUGUUCACUACAAAAAUCUUCAGAAGUACCUAUCGCAGCUUGCAGAAGAGAAUCUGAAGAUGACAGAAAAGGAGAGCAGUUUGACACAGGAUGACAAGGGAAUAGUGCCUCAUUUUGAGAAGAAAAAACUAUGACCUUGGUUAAUUUGAAGUGACUCCUGAUAAUUUGUUGCUGAUCUCCACGAUGCUCCUUUCUGUUUGUACUCUUUUGAAGGAGUAGAAGCACAAUGAAGAGCCUGUUCUACGCAUCGAUUCUCAGAGUGCUAUGAAUGCAUUAUGCUUGAAAUGAAAUGAAACUGUUCAAACACAUCCUUACCCAGCUCGGCUUGGCUUUCUCAUGUUUUUGAUAGCUCUCACUUUUAAAUCAGAAUUCUCAGGGAUUCUCACAGUGUUAGUUUUGGUGUGACUUCAAGUAGAUUGUUCAGGGAAAAUUAUCUGGAGGAAAUAUCCUGAAUUUUUUUAAAAAAAAUUGUAAAUGGAAAAGAUUGUAACAGCAAGCAGCAAAACAUAGUUCUUGUAAACAUAUCCCAAGUCAUUGCUGUUAAUAUCAGUACUCUCUCAAAGCAGCAAUCCAUGUGCCUUGCCUUAAGUAGUCAUGGUCCUUCCAUCCAAAAUGCUUACAGGCUGAAUCCACACCAGGGGACAUAAGUGGCUGUCUCUCUAACUUCAGGGUCUGGACAGAUUUCAGAAGACUACAUUUUGAAGACUUCUGGCAUUUCAUUUUUCAAGUGUUGUCAAUUAGUAGAUUGUGUAUCAGUUCUUAUCAGAUUUUCUUCAGAUCGGCUGUUCCUAAUUGAAGACAUCAGAUGCUUAAUUUUGUUUGAACUAGGGCUGUCACCCGAUUAAAGAGACCUUUAGUUGA